AUAGUCUUCUACCUUGAAGAGUUCUUGGCUGGCUCUUUUCUCGACCAAUUAAUCAACCGUUCCGGGAGACAUGAUAGAUUCAUUUUCGAGACCUAGACCAGUGAUCGGCAACGAUAUUCCGAGUUACCAAAAUGACUACUUCUAGCGGCGAAAAUAGCCCCCUUUUAGGAGGAGAUGCGAUAGAUCGCGCUUCGAUACAAUCUUCCACAUUUAAACCUCCAACUGAUGAUGGCGAAGACGGGCCAUCUUCGCCGCCCGAAUACGGUAACCUCGAGGACGACGUCUUACCCGAAGAAUCCGUGCUGGGCCGGAAUAUCGACUGGAAGAGUGCCUAUAUUAUCGCCAUUUCUAGGGUCAUUGGCAGUGGCAUCUUCGCAGUUCCGGGCGUGAUCCUAACCUCCGUGGGGAGCAUAGGUCUUUCGCUGUCUAUCUGGAUUCUAGGUGCCAUAAUAGUCGCAUGUGGACUUACGAUAUCUUUAGAAUAUGGAUGCAUGUUACCUCGGUCCGGUGGUGAUAAAGUAUAUCUUGAGUUUACCUAUCCAAGGCCCCGAUUCUUCGCCUCCACCAUGAUCGCAGUACAAGCUGUUCUCCUAGGAUUCACCGCAAGCAACUGCAUUAUAUUUAGCCAAUAUGUGCACUUCAUAUUCGACGCCGAGCCUAGCGAUUUUUCUAAGAAAUCUCUCGCGGUUGUGGUGAUCACUGUCAUCACAAUCAUCCACAGCGUCUGGUACAAGGCCGGUAUACGCAUUCAGAACUUCUUGGGGUGGAUUAAAGUAGGACUGGUAUUGUUCAUGGUAUUUGCAGCUCUCUAUGUCGUGAUAUUCAGGCCGGAACAGGAAGAUUCGGAUGUACAUCCAACGAAAAUACACUCUUGGGAAGGGUUAUGGGAGGGAAGCGACUGGAACCCCGGAACUAUCGCGACAUCACUCUUCAAAGUCUUCUACUCAUAUGCCGGCCUCUCGAAUCUGAAUAAUGUUAUGAAUGAGGUCAAAGAUCCGGUUAGAACGCUCAAAUCUGUUUCGCUCACUGCCCUUUUCACAGCGUUGCUCCUCUACUUGCUCGCGAACUUGGCCUAUUUUGCUGUCGUACCGAUCGAAGAUAUCAAGCAGAGUGGUCAACUAGUUGCCGCCUUAUUUUUCGAACGAACCUUUGGUCCGAAUGUUGGCAAGAGAUUUUUGCCUAUGGCCGUUGCACUCUCAGCCGCAGGCAAUGUGAUGGUGGUCACAUUUGCGGUGGCCCGUUUAAAUCAAGAAAUCGCUCGUGCCGGAUUUCUGCCAUUUUCCAGAUAUCUGUCUUCGACAAAACCGUUCAAUUCACCCUUAGGCGGUCUCAUCGUACAUUAUAUUCCCUCGGUACUUGUUAUCAUACUACCGCCAUCAGAUGAGGUAUAUUCUUUCAUAUUGGAAGUCGAGGGAUACCCUGGGCAAAUAUUCGCACUUGCGACAUCAGUAGGUCUCGUUUGGCUACGGUACAAGAGGCCGGAUUUGAAAAGGCCUUUCAAGGCUUGGAUACCAGCCGUCAUCUUUAGAAUACUGCUAUGCCUUGCUCUUCUUGCAGCGCCAUUCUUUCCACCUUCACAUCCGAAACCCGAUGGUCUCUGGUACGCAACAUACGCAGUUGUUAGUGUCGGUUUACUCCUUUUCGGGGUCUUAUACUGGCUAGUAUGGACAGUUAUAUUACCCCGACUCGGGCACUAUACGCUGGAAGAGAAGCAAGAAGUUUUAGACGAUGGGACGACUAUCACUGUGCUGACGCACGUACCAAGGGUCGAGUAAUCGUACCAUGUUUUUCUAUACACGCGUAACGACGGGACGCAAUAGUCAAUAGUGAUUGUGCAACUGGAACGCUCCAAUUAAUGUAAUGAUAUGCUGGGUCGGAGCAACAGAACGAGAAAUGGAGAACAAGGGGGGACAAGCUUACAAAUAGAAUAGCAUUUCUAAUCAGUGCCCACCCAUAGGAAUCUAGAUGCAUCAAUGCCGGCGCAUGACGUCCUACCAAAAACCAUCCGCGGUACUUGCGCAAUGCUCACAGGGGUAU